GGCCAAAUUCUCCUCUCUCAAACACACAAGAUGGCUUUGCCCAGCAGCCGCAGGUUCAAGAGUCCCAAGACACUGGCUUUCUUUCUAGUGGGUGUGACUUUCGUGGUGCUGAACCAGUGGUUCCUCCAGGAGCACAGGCAGGAGAAAGCCAACGGUCCUGUGGCUACUCGCCGGUCUUUGGCAGCUGUGGUGCAGCGUUCGCCGCUCUUCCAGGUGCCCCCCUGCGUGGCCAACGACUCCGUGAACCUCCUGACUGGCUUCCAGCUGCUGCCUGCUAGGAUCCAAGACUUCCUGCGCUACCGCCACUGCCGCCGCUUUCCGCAACUGUGGGACGCGCCGCACAAGUGCGCGGGCCCCCACGGCGUCUUCUUGCUGCUGGCCGUGAAGUCGUCGCCUGCGCACUACGAGCGGCGCGAGCUGAUUCGGCGCACGUGGGGCCAGGAGCGCAGCUAUAGUGGCCGGCAGGUGCGUCGCCUCUUCCUGGUGGGGACCUCCCCUCCCGAGGAGGCGGCUCGCGAGCCUCAGCUGGCCGAUCUGCUGAGCCUGGAGGCGCGCGAGUACGGCGAUGUGCUGCAGUGGGACUUCAGUGACACCUUCCUCAACCUCACACUCAAGCACCUGCACCUGCUGGACUGGACAGCGGAGCACUGCCCGGGCGUGAGCUUCCUGCUCAGCUGCGACGACGACGUCUUCGUGCACACGGCCAACGUACUGAGCUUCCUAGAGGUGCAGUCGCCCGAGCAGCAUCUCUUCACCGGGCAGCUCAUGGUUGGUUCUGUGCCCAUUCGCGAAAGCGGGAGCAAGUACUUCGUGCCCCCACAGAUCUUCCCGGGUGUAGCCUACCCUGUGUACUGCAGCGGCGGCGGCUUCCUUCUGUCCCGCCACACGGUCCGCAACCUGCGCAGCGCCGCACACCACGUCCCGCUCUUCCCCAUCGACGAUGCCUACAUGGGCAUGUGUCUACAGCAGGCCGGCCUGGCGCCCAGCAGCCACGAGGGCAUCCGGCCCUUCGGCGUGCAGCUGCCCAGUGUGCAGCGCUUAUCCUUGGAUCCCUGCAUAUACCGCGAGCUGCUGCUGGUGCACCGCUUCGCGCCUUAUGAGAUGCUGCUCAUGUGGAAGGCGCUGCACAACCCAGCGCUGCACUGUAGCCACAAACAGGUUGCAGGAUCUCCCAAGGCCGAAGGAGAACUGAACUCCGAUGCACACUGAUGUCCCCUUGAGGACGGAUCUGGAAACACAUGUUCCUGACCUCAACUUCAGGGAUUCUGGUUCUAUUAAUCAAGAGUGGCUUCAAACAUGCAGGUGGCGUUUUUCUUGUUUUAAGUCGACUCCAAGACCUCUGGGCUGGGACAAUCUAUCUGUCCAUCCUCACACAGCAGCCUUUCAGGGCAUCUGUCUUCUAUCUUCCAUUCUUCGUGGGCAGCAAGAGAGGCAUGGAGGCCAAGAUCAAUGUCAGCUUUCAAGUGCAGCGCUGUUCAGAGGUCAGUUUACACUCAGAACUAAAGGGGUGUCUGGCAGCCUCGUUUCUACCAUGCUCCAGGGCUCUUGUGGGGUCAGCAAAAAGCAAAGGACCUUAAGGGCAGCAGAGGGAAGACCUUCACAGCCAUUUUUCUGUAGCCCUGUGAAGUCCCAGUAGCUACAGCCUUGCCUCCCCAAUGCUUUAGGAAGUGCACGUCUGAGUGGACAGUGGCCAUCCGUGAGAACAUUAUAUUAGUUUCCUGUUGCUGCUAUAACAAAUCCUCAUUAACUCUCGAAGCCUAGGAACAAGCCCGCGUAUCCUGUAGUUCUCUGACAACACAGGUCUCACCACUAGGCUAAUGUCAAGAUGCUGGUAAAACUGCUUUCUUUCCUAGUAUUCUAUGGGGGAGAACCCCUCCCUCAUUCCCUAGCUUCUAGAAGGGGAGGUUUUUCAAAACCAGAAAUCGCUCCAUUUCCCUACAGCCAAAUUUCUCUCUGACUCUUCUUUCUCCUCCAUCCUCAACUCUCCUUCCCUGGAGCUAAAACCCGGGUCCACCUGACAGUCCAGACUUAGCUUCCCGUCUGUUUGUUGAGACAGACUCAGGUAGCCCAGGCUGCCCUGAAACUUUAUGUGUAGUCAAGCAUCAUCCUGAAUUCCAGAACCUCCUGCCUUCACCUCCCCAAGGGUAGACUGUAGAUUUGUCUCCAUGCCCAGCUAAUCUCUUCAUGUUGUAAAGCCAGAUCACUAGGUCUAUUAUUGAUCAUCAUGUCGUUCACAUGUAACCUAAUUUAGUCACAGGUUUCAGAGAUCAGGGUGUGGACAUCUUUGGAGGACCAUUGGUUCUGUCUUCCAUGAUGCCACACAUAAAUGUGUGAGAUAAACAAUAAUAAAUGAAGGAAAUGAACAC